GCGUGCCAUCACGAGGUCAGCGACGGCGUCAUCGGCGUCCUCGCGUAUACGCGAUAAUGCGGUGUCAUCGUGAUGCGCUGGCGAUCAGUUCGUUUCGAUCCCUACUCGCGCUCGUUCGCACUUACGAGAAUUUCACUCUCUUCCAUAUUGAACGAAUUCGUCAAUUUUGCCCGCGCAUCUCGCUCGCUCGUCUUGUAAAAGAAUUCGCGACAAAUCGAUAAAAAUUCGUCGCGCAUGCCACGCGGUACGAUAAGUGUUGUUCGAUCACGCGGAAUAGGAGAGUAUCAGGUUAGGACGGCGACUUAAAGUCGAGGCGCGUGUUUGCAAAACUUGUUCUCUCGUCUCGAUUUUUUCGCACGAGGCACGAAGCACGAGGUGCGAUUGACGGAAUUGCGGCUUGCAAUUGCGAUAGACUGUGCGCUUUGUGUUGCUAUCUGAAUGGACAAUAAGGUGGAUGUUUCGGAAGUUGAAGAUAUUUCAAUGAUUGGAACAUCUGGAAUUUUUCACCUGCCUGACGUCCCAGAGAUAUCGGAGGUAUUAGAAUCGACUGGCCUUAGCCCCUUAACUUCUUCCUUGGAUCAAGCUCUUACGCUGCAAGAAGAUAAAACUCUCUCAUCUGAAGUUAACAUGGGCAUUGAAGACACAUGGACUGAAGCAAAUAGUUCAACAUCAGAUUAUGCAAUUCCUCUUCCUCCGCCACCUGGAUUAAAUGAUUUCUCGGAUGUCGGUGGUGAUUCAAUUGAUUCUGGAACUGGCAUAGAACACGGUCCAUUUCUGCCACCUGGUACAACAGCGCUUAAUAAUCUUUUCGCUGAGGCUGGAGAUUCUCACGAUGACUCGCCAAUGGGUGAGUUAGUCCUGCCUGCAGGUGUAUGUGGUCUUCGUAACUUGGGUAAUACCUGUUUUAUGGCAGCUGGGUUACAAUGUUUGACUGCGACUCCCCCUGUCCUACGACAUUUCUUGGAUUUACAGCAGAGAGGAGAGAAACUGCCUCCACCUGGAUCAUUAAUGGCACACUUUAGCGUACUCCUUGGGAAAAUGUGGUCUGGAAGAUAUAGUGUACUUAGACCAACAGAAUUUAAGCAGACUUUAGGUGCUUACCAUUCACAAUUUAAGGAUUAUAGGCAGCAUGAUUGUCAAGAAUUUCUGGCGCUUCUAUUGGAUUCCCUUCACGAGCAAAUGAACACAGCAAAGUGUGCCAAGAACUGUCAAGUUCCAUUGUCUACAACCACUGCCAAUUCUUUUAACUCUAUAGAAAAUUCAAAUGGAAAGACCCUUUCUCCUGUCACUGCCACAGCUAAUCCUAAUUCAGAUAUUUUGGAAAUGUAUGAAUGCUUAUCACCAGAAUGUCCAAAUAGUCCCAAUGUAACUAUGGCUGGCUCACCAAGAGACUUUGAUUCGUCGAUCGGAGAGCUCGAUAGUAUUACGAAUUCACCGAGAGAUUCACCCUUAAAUGGAGAGGACGACGAGGAGACACUAGAUUCAGAUGAAAUCAUCGAAGGAAGAUCGAGUACUUUUAUUCACAAUAAAGUGAACGAAGAAGGCACAAAUGAAACUACUCCAACUUUGAGAUUAGACACAUUGAUCGAACUAUCAAAAACGGUGCCACAGUAUGGUGGCUUAUAUGAUAUUCACAAAGAAGCUAAAACUAGUAACGCUAAUUUUUUAGUAACGCAACAAGAAUGUAAUAACGAGAUUCAUUACGACUCGCAGAAAUUUCCAAAGGACAAUGUCCGCAGGAUGCCGUUAGACAAUUCGAAUCUUGUAGAAAAUCACGACUUUGAUAAUAAAAGUGUCAGUAUCAAACGCAUAAAAGAAGUGAACGUUCAGAAGGUCAACGGUAGUCUCGAUCACGCGUCUAAUAGUUCCGACAUCGAGUAUGAUAGCGGUCUGGAGAAGUGUAAUGUGAAACGCAUGAGAUUAGAUGACCAGGAGAAGAAUCAUAAGCAUGACAGUCUCGGUAACGAGAAUAUUCAGUGUUCACGAAUUCCACAAAAUUAUGGUACUGGUGCUAUUGCUGCACAAGAAGAGAUCGAGGCAGAUAAGCACUGGGUGAAGCAUUUGCGAUCUAAUAAAAGUAUUAUCGUUGACACCUUCCAAGGCCAGUUUAAGAGUACGGUUGUAUGCUCGGUUUGUAACCACGUUUCUGUUACAUAUGAACCUUUUAUGUAUCUAUCGGUACCCUUACCUCAUGCGAUGGAGAGACAAUUGAAUGUCACGUAUGUUCCUGCAAAUGGUGAUCAACCUAUGAGAUGCGUCGUUUCCUUAAACAAGCAAUCACGAAUUGGAAAGUUGAAAGAGGAAUUAUUAAAAACGCUCGGCAAGGAGAAUAUCUCGGUGACGAAUAUUGCACUUGCAGAGGUUCUAGAGAAUCAUAUAGCGAAGAUUCUGGAUGACAAUACACUCUUGAGACACAUCAAUGAUACGAAUCGAUCGAUAUACGCCUUUGAACUCACGGAACCUCCCGAUGCGUACACUUCGGUGUCCGAUGGCGGCGGGGAUCGUCCAAUGGAGAUGGAUUCUUCUCAGAAAUGUACAAUAACGGGCGAGGAGGUGCCAUGUAUGAUCUGUCUUGAGGAAUUAGACGGCGACUUGAAGAGGCACAGUGGAAAUAGCUGUAACUUUAUUAUGUGCGAUCCUUGCAUUGAGAAUUACUUCAAGAAUCAAACGGAGCCACAAACGUGUCCGAUGUGUUCCACGUACAUGACGGCCUCGUCAUUUACGAAGAUAGAUCAAACGGGUCGGCCAAGACCCAUCGUACGUAUUCUCAAUGUACCUUUAGUGUUGAGGCACGACACGACGAAUGAGACGACGAACAAUCGCAAAGGCACAAAGCUCUUUGGUUAUCCGCAUUUGAUACGACUCCCAUCGAGAGUGAACGCGCGGGAUUUGUACGAUAUUGUCAAAAGAAAUGUUCCACACGAAGGACGCUACACAAUACAUUUCGUUGAUGGACAGGGUCAUCAUUGUUCACGAUGUAUGUAUACUGCGCAUUGUACAGGAUGUAGCGUACCCGAAACGGGAAUGGUUGCGCUACAAAACGGUGAUACGCUUGCAGUUCGUUAUACCGAAUAUGUUCCUAAGAUUCUACAUCCCAUUGAUCACGUUAGCGUCAGUAAACAACGGCCGCAUCAUCCACUAUCGCUUUACGAUUGCCUUCAAGCAUUUAGUCAGAGCGAAACUUUAGACGAACAUAAUCCUUGGUUCUGUCCGAAAUGUGGGUGUAACCAAUGUGCGACAAAAACGCUCACGGUCCAUCGAUAUCCCAAGUUCCUUAUUGUAUAUCUUAAACGAUUUGUGUUUUAUGAAUGCGCGAGCAUGAAGCUAGACGACAAGGUUACAUUCCCUUUGGUGGGUCUAAGCGUAGGACGCCAUCUUUAUGAUCUUUAUGCCUGCGUGUGCCACUUUGGAGGCGUUUCCGCAGGCCAUUAUACGGCGUAUGCGAAGAAUCCUCGCACGGAUGUAUGGUAUUAUUACAACGAUGAGAUUACGAGCAAACAAAAGCCUCAAGAUGAAGAUUUUAGCAACGCAUACAUACUGUUUUAUAGUCGACAAGGGACCAACAUGAAACAGUGCAAUAUAUAACAAGUGGUGUAUUUAACUUGAUAGUCGAUAGAACACGUCAAUCAAAUGGAGGAGAAACAACUGGGGAUAGUGGCAAAGAAAAGAAUGAAGUGUAACGGAAGGGGAAAUUAAUAUUUUGUGUUCUUCCACGUGUUUUUUCAUCACGAACGUUUACUUGUGUAUUUCUUAUACGUUUUCAAUUUUUCCCUUUAUAUAUUUUGUUGCGCUUCUAUUUCCCCUGCGUAUCUGCCUCUCUUCUGUCCUCUCCUCUGUUAAAGUUGUAUUUAGCGCAACAGCCCGCUAUCCGGAUCUGCGAUAUGCUGCGUGCUGAUUUGCGCUAGAUUAUGUGAAAUAUCGAUAGCCGUUGCUUGUGAAUUUUUUUCAUGAUGGUUAUGCAAUUAUUAUAUAAUGAGGAGAGAAUGUGUCUGCCGGUGACAUUCUGCACUAGUGCAGCUUAGGCCUGACAUGUUUUACGAAUUCAAAGAGAGAACUGAACAUAUUUGUAUUGCAUAUAUUGUAAACGUAUGUCGAAUUUGUACAGUAGACGGUUAAAUGUAGAACUCAAGAAUUCUAAACACGUAAUUUAUUAGCGAAUAAAGGUGAACGUCAUACACUUGAAA